AUGCGUCACGUGAUCGCUGGGCCGGGUCCGGUGGCUCUGGACAGUGGCUCUGGACAGUGGCUCAGGGCAGUGGCUCAGGGCAGUGGCUCACGGCAGUGGCUCUGGACAGUGGCUCUGGACAGUGGCUCAGGGCAGUGGCUCAGGGCAGUGGCUCUGGACAGUGGCUCUGGACAGUGGCUCUGGGCAGUGGCUCAGGGCAGUGGCUCUGGGCAGUGGCUCAGGGCAGUGUCUCUGGACAGUGGCUCAGGGCAGUGGCUCAGGGCAGUGACUCUGGACAGUGACUCUGGACAGUGGCUCUGGACAGUGGCUCAGGGCAGUGGCUCUGGACAGUGGCUCAGGGCAGUGGCUCAGGGCAGUGGCUCAGGACAGUGGCUCUGGACAGUGGCUCUGAACAGUGGCUCUGGGCAGUGGCUCAGGACCAGAGUCCUGCACCGUGUGGCCUUGGUCCUCGUUCAGUGGUGCAGAGGAAGAGUCGUCCCCCUCUUCCUCUACUCUCUCCUUUCCCCAACGUCCUCUACUCUCUCCUUUCCCCAACGUCCUCUACUCUCUCCUUUCCCCAACGUCCUCUACUCUCUCCUUUCCCCAACGUCCUCUACUCUCUCCUUUCCCCAACGUCCUCUACUCUCUCCUUUCCCCAACGUCCUCUACUCUCUCCUUUCCCCAACGUCCUCUACUCUCUCCUUUCCCCAACGUCCUCUACUCUCUCCUUUCCCCCUCUUCCUCUACUCUCUCCUUUCCCCAACGUCCUCUACUCUCUCCUUUCCCCAACGUCCUCUACUCUCUCCUUUCCCCCUCUUCCUCUACUCUCUCCUUUCCCCCUCUUCCUCUACUCUCUCCUUUCCCCAACGUCCUCUACUCUCUCCUUUCCCCAACGUCCUCUACUCUCUCCUCUUCCUCCUCUCCCUCAUCUCUGUCCUCUCUCUCCUCUUCCUCCUCUCCCUCCUCUCCCUCAUCUCUGUCCUCUCUCUCCUCUCCCUCAUCUCUGUCCUCUCUCUCCUCUUCCUCCUCUCCCUCAUCUCUGUCCUCUCUCUCUCCUCUUCCUCCUCUCCCUCCUCUCCCUCAUCUCUGUCCUCUCUCUCCUCUUCCUCCUCUCCCUCCUCUCCCUCAUCUCUGUCCUCUCUCUCCUCUUCCUCCUCUCCCUCCUCUCCCUCAUCUCUGUCCUCUCUCUCCUCUCCCUCCUCUCCCUCAUCUCUGUCCUCUCUCUCCUCUUCCUCCUCUCCCUCAUCUCUGUCCUCUCUCUCUCCUCUUCCUCCUCUCCCUCCUCUCCCUCAUCUCUGUCCUCUCUCUCUCCUCUUCCUCCUCUCCCUCAUCUCUGUCCUCUCUCUCUCCUCUUCCUCCUCUCCCUCCACUCUGUCCUCUCUCUCCUCUCUCUCCUCUUCCUCUUUCUCCACUCUCUCCUCUUCCUCUCCUCUCUCUCCUCUCCCUCAUCUCUCUCCUAUCUCUCUUCUCUCUCCUAUCUCUCUUCUCUUCCUCCUCUACUCUAUCUCUUUGCUCUCUCUCUCCUCUUUCUCUUCCUCCACUCUCUCCUCUUCCUCCUCUUCCUCUCCUCUCGCUCCUCUCCCUCACCUCUGUCCUCUCUCUUUCCUCUUCCUCCUCUCCCUCCACUUUCUCCACUCUCUCCUCUCCCUCAUCUGUCUCCUCUCUCUCUCCUCUUCUUCCACUCUCUCCUCUCUCUCUCUUCUCCCUCCACUCUCUCCUCUCUCUCUCUUCUCCCUCCACUCACUCCUCUUCCUCCUCUUCCUCACCCUCCUGUAUGAGAGAGAAGUGCAGUAG